UAAAAGUAAAAAGGAAACUCGAACUAACAGUAAUUCAGUAUUCAUUUCUAGAACCCAACAGAAGCACACCCUUCAUCCCCCAGCCUCCGGUCUUCACCCAGAAAAUGACAACACCAUUUUUUGCUGGGCUUGCAAUAGCUGCUGCAGCUCUUGCUGGUAGAUAUGGAAUUCAAGCUUGGCAAGCAUUUAAGACUAGACCCCCUAGAGUUCGGAAAUUUUAUGGAGGAGGUUUCCAGCCUAAAAUGACCAAAAGGGAAGCAGCUCUUAUCCUUGGAAUUAGAGAGGGUGCUCGGCCAGACAAGGUUCGAGAAGCACAUAGAAGGGUUAUGAUUGCAAACCAUCCCGAUGCUGGUGGCAGCCAUUAUCUUGCUUCUAAAAUCAAUGAAGCUAAAGAUGUGAUGUUAGAAAAGACGAAAAGCAGCGGAUCUGCAUUUUGAUUCUUUGGGAUAUUACUUCCAGGUAUGACCAAUGUUCAUAUCGACGAUAAUCCUACUAGAUUUAAAUCUUGAUGGCACAUGUAUUGACAACUCGAAAAAGAACAAGGUGAUGGACUGUGAUCAGCUUCAGCAACUGUGCAGAAAGUGUCGCCCUUUUGUAAAUGAGCUUGGUGGUGAAAUCAACAGAAAUGUAUAGUUAUUUGUAACAUUCUUUGAUUUUAUAAAGUGAUUGUUAUUUGUGCUCUCUA